AUGACUUCCGACCUUUCAAUCGUCGCAGUGCUGUUUCCAAUUCUAAUCUCCGAACGCCCAGUCGCCACCGCGAAGGCCCAUGUCAUGGUGUAUGACAGCAAAGGCAGCUCUUGGAUUUACAGUGGAGGUACGCAAAGUGUUGCCAAAGUCCAGCUGUAUUUCAACUCGGAGACCAAUGCGUACCGGGUGGUUGGUUGGAGCCUUCAAGACCGUGAGGUUGUAAUAAACUGCCUCAUACCCCGUGGCUUGAAGUAUCAUAAGGCACGCCCCAACUUUCACCAAUGGCGCGACAACAAACAGCAGGUCUACGGACUCAAUUUUGCUGUAGUAGAGGAGGCCGAGGCGUUUGCCGCUGCCAUAGAGGCUGCUCUAGAAUCCCUUGCCCAGCUCCAUCGCCAACAGCAACAACAGCAUCAGCACCAGCAACAGUACCAACAACCGCAGCAGCAGCAGCCAAACGUACAGCCCCAACAACAACCGCCACCGCAGAUGAAUACUGUUCAUUCUGCACCUGUGCUGCAACAGCAGCAACAACAACAACAACAGCCGGCACACAUAAACUCUGAUCGGGGUCAGCAUGACCCUCGGGCGCAAGCCCCACAACAGCAACAGAGGCCAGUGGCGCAGCAAUCCUUGACCGGUUAUAAUCAGACUGCUCAGCCUGUUUACUCCACUCAGACUUCCCUGCCACAAUACGAACCCCCUAGUUACUCAGAACCCACUCAAUCAAAGAAGGAUGAUGUUGACUCCAUUGGCUAUGUCGGACUGCCUAUUCAGAGGCCACCCGUAUCCCAGUCUAACGGCCAAUCGCCAAUCCAACAGUCAACUGAGUACGCACUCCCAAACGUUGUUGAAAACACCAGACUGACCGCCUCAAUUACCUCAUCCAAUGCCGGCUACCGUGCACCAUCUCUGCUAAGUGAAUCCGGAAGAUCGGUGAACGGGUCCAUUCACGACAGCGUGGACGGCCGGUACGUUGUCAUUUCCAAUUUAUCAAUGUUUUUUUUUAUAUCGGAGAACUGUCAUUUCCUACUGGUAGUUGAAUUUGUGUAA